AUGGAUGGAGUGAUAAAGAGUAGUGCAAGGAUUGAUCUUGAGGACAGCGACAGCCACAACUACACCCAUGAGUCUGAUACAUCUACAGAGGAUGGAGGAAAUGAUUAUGGAUAUGGAAAUGAGGGAAUGGCCGAGGCAUCAAGCUCUUUUGAGAGGUUGAAGAACAGUGCGGCGGGCACACUGCAGCAGAGGUCUGGAUGGAUUUUCCUGGGAGGUGUUGCUCUACUGCUUGUUGCCUUUUGCACAUGGAAGAUUGAAGUGAGCAUGAAGGCCAGGAAAGGAGAUGUGAUUAUGGUAAGCUUGAGCAAUUUUUUGUUUUUGUGUUCUGGAAGCGUUUUUCUGUUUAUUGCAUUGAACUUUUUGAUAUUCAAGAUAAGCUUUGCAGGUCUAAAGAGAUCGAACAGUCUAAACACAUUCUUUUACUACACAAAUGAGAUUUCGGAGCAUAUUUCUGCAGGUAUUAUUUUUAUCACCGGUAUUGUAGUGGUGUUUCUUAGGGACAAGGACUACUGCAUGAACAACGCACAGGGGCUUGACUUGUUCUUUGGUGAUCUGUUCAACUGCUUUCUUGUUGCUACGGUGAUGCUUGGGGGAGUAAGGGUAUUCCACCGGGCGAUUUCGAUGAACUUCAACUAUUCGGUGUAUAUAAGAAGGAUACGAAGGGUGUUGCUUGAGGAUGCAUUCAUAAGUCUGCUUGCAGGCAUGGAUGGCAAGCAACGAAGGCCUGCUAAGCCCAGGAUUGGUGUGUCUGGGGAGAUGGUGUGCAAAAGCGAUGCAAUCAGUUCGAUAAAUGAGUACCUAGAGGAUUUGUAUGAAUGCAAUGAGCAUGUGGAUGAUCUUGGGCUUCCCAGGAAAAGGGUGAUUCUGAAGGAGUUCCAAAGGCUGAUGCGCCGAUCGAGUGUUUCCCGAGGAAACAUGAUGCAGGUUUCGCAAAGGCUGAGGAGCAGGGCAAACAGCAAGGCAAACAGAAUGGUUGGCAGGGACGGAAGGCUUGGGCCGAUGUCUGAGCUGUCACUGUAUUUUCAGAAGCCCGAGAUAUUCAGGUUUUUAAUGAAGGAGAUUGGAGUUGAUGAGGACUACAGAUUCAGCAGAGGGAGCUUGACGGAGUUUAUUGAGAAGAGCUAUAGAGAAAGACACAUUCUGAGAGAGAAUCUUGAGCACAUGAACUCGGCAGUCGAUAAGGUUUCGUUUGCGUUCAAGCUGAUGAUAGGCGUGCUUGUGAUGGCAAUGCUUUACAUCAAGGCAGGAGGGGAAGGAAUAACAACGAUUGGAGUGAUAUCUGCAUUUUUUGGAACGCACUUUAUUUCGAACUCGUUUUCAUCGAGUGUGAUAAGCAGCAUUAUUUUUCUGUUUUUCAUUCAUCCGUAUGACAUUGGAGACCGAGUGUUUAUAACGAUGGACAAUGCUGAGGAGAAUCUUGUGGUGUCUGAGCUGAAUGUGUUCUCAACGGUGUUCUACAGGUGGGAUGGAACGUACAUAACAAUACUGAACACGGUUCUGGCUCAGAAGGCAAUUCGGAAUCUGCGGAGGAGUGGGAUCAUGGCGGAGUCGCACAAGAUCCAGAUCAACAGCAGAACCAAUCAGAAGAAGCUAGUGAGGCUGAAAGAGCUUAUAGACGACUUUGUGAAGAGCCAUCCCGAGGAUUAUACCGAGUAUACGAUGCUGAAUCAUGAGUGCAUUGAGGACUCGUCGAAGCUCCACAUGAAGGUCUAUAUGCAGUACAAGAGCAGCUGGCAGAACUUUGAGUUGUAUCUGAAGCGCAAGACAAAAUUUCUGUCGUUUCUGAACAGGGCAAUGCAGGGAUUGGAGAUCGAGUACAUGCUUCCGACAAGAACGAUUUCUCUGAAGAAUGUAUAG